AUGGAGCCCUUGCGGGUCCUGGAGUUAUACAGCGGCAUAGGAGGCAUGCACCAAGCUCUGAGAGAAAGCUGUGUACCAGCACAUGUGGUGGCUGCCAUUGAUGUAAACACUGUCGCUAAUGAAGUGUACAAAUAUAAUUUUCCUCACACACUGUUACUGGCCAAGACAAUUGAAGGCAUUACACUAGAGGAGUUUGACAGCUUAUCUUUCAAUAUGAUUUUAAUGAGCCCUCCAUGUCAGCCAUUCACAAGAAUUGGCCUGCAGGGUGAUAAGACUGAUCCAAGGGCGAGUAGCUUCUUAUAUCUUCUAAAUAUACUCCCAAGAUUACAAAAGUUACCGAAGUAUAUUCUUUUAGAAAAUGUCAAAGGUUUUGAAGUAUCUUCGACAAGAGACCUACUGAUACAAACAAUAGAAAACUGUGGCUUUCAGUACCAAGAAUUUCUAUUAUCUCCAACUUCUCUUGGCAUUCCAAAUUCCAGGCUGCGUUAUUUCCUUAUUGCAAAGCUUCAGUCAGAGCCAUUACCUUUUCAAGUCCCUGGUCAGGUACUAAUGGAGUUCCCCAAAAUUGGAUCAGAAAAUCCACAGACACAUGCAGUAGAUACAGAAAAAAAAAUUGAACCAAAUAUUUGCCAACAUGGCAGCACACGAUGCUCUGGAAAAGAGACCGUACUUUUUAAGCUUGAAACCACAAAAGAAAUAGACAGGAAACAUCAACAGGACAGUGAUCUCUCUGUUCAAACACUAAAAGAUUUUCUUGAACAUGACAUUGACGUAAAUAAGUACUUGUUGCCACCAAAGUUAUUGCAGCGAUAUGCUCUUAUAUUAGAUAUUGUUAGGCCCACUUGCAGAAGAUCCGUGUGCUUUACAAAAGGUUAUGGAAGCUUUGUAGAAGGUACAGGAUCUGUGUUACAAACUGCAGAAGAUGUGCAGAUUGAGAAUAUCUACAAAUCUCUUAGCAAUUUAUCAGAAGAAGAAAAGAUAACAAAAUUGUUAAUGCUUAAACUACGAUAUUUCACUCCUAAAGAAAUAGCAAAUCUUCUCGGAUUUCCUCCAGAGUUUGGAUUUCCUGAGAAGAUAACAGUGAAGCAGCGUUAUCGUCUCCUUGGAAAUAGUCUCAACGUGCAUAUAGUAGCUAAACUAAUAAAAAUUCUCUAUGAAUGAUUUUGAAAUAAUUCUGAAAGAUAGUCAUGGUGUUCCCUCAUGUUCAGAUGAUAAUUCUGAAAUUCUUUCACGGAUUAGUUUUAACUAAAUUCAAUUAAAUUAUUUUACUCUUUUUUU